AUGUCGAAACUCUCGCCGAGCCUCAAAGGCCUCAUAAACGCCGCCCAUGCACGCCCCGGAAUCACUCCCGCACCGCAUAACAUCGACGCACUAUACUCCAAGAUCGAACGAGAAGCCUCCACACGGAAACUCGGGCGGCCGUCAUGGCUUGCCCUAUCCACAGCGGCAACAAUGACGAUGAAUUCCCCAGCUUCAAUGGUGGCAUUGUUUAAUGUUGCACGGGCGUCGAAAGCUACAAGCGAGGCAGUCGCAAUAGCGGAGCUGAUGCGGGAGGUGGGAUUGAAGUGCAUAGGGUUCAAUGGGAUACCUCGAACCAUCAACAUGCUCAACGAAUUCAAAGCGCAACUUCCACCCUCUGUCGCUUCCUCGCUCUCCACCACACCCACCCGAGAACCCACACCAUCCAAUAUAGAAGCAAUAAAGGAGCGCGGCCGCAAGUUAUGGGACUCCAUAUACCGCCCACUGGAAAAGAAGCUGGAGGCCAAACUAGCAGACACACAUCCAGAUCUUCCCGUGUACAUCCUCAGCGGUGGGUAUGGCGCAUUGUUCAGCGAUCCACCUCGCACGACCGGCGCAAAUGUAGGACGCAUAACAACAAGCAUAAUAGCGAUUGCAUGUCUGCGGGCUCAGCAGGGUGUAGGGCCACAGGUCUUGAGCCAUGUUUUCGGUUUGCGGAAAGCUUGGGAUGACGGAACUUGGCGGACUGAGCCGGACGCAGGCGAAGAGGAGGCGAUUAGGUGGCUUGUGAGCGAUGAGGGAUGUACAUGGAUAUUGCAGAAGGUGGAUGAAAUUGUGGAAGCGAUAGGGAAAGGUGAAGGGACGACAUUUGCUCCGAUCAAGGCGAAGUUAUAA